CUUAUCCUCUCUCUCCACACCCUUUCAAAAUCCUCCAUUUCUUCCUUCAAACGAAACACUCCCUCCCUCACAUUUCUCCUCCAAUUUUCCCAGAAAAGCACGAACCUAGAUUUCAUGGAAAACAACCCCCAAGCACAACCACCUACAGCGGCGGCGGCGGCGGCGGCACAGUCCUCCACAUACCCACCACAACAACCUUACCACCACCUCCUUCAACAACAGCAACAACAACUUCAAAUGUUCUGGAACUACCAACGUCAAGAGAUCGAACAAGUCAACGACUUUAAGAACCACCAGCUCCCAUUGGCCCGAAUCAAAAAAAUCAUGAAAGCCGACGAGGAUGUCCGUAUGAUCUCCGCCGAGGCACCAAUCCUCUUUGCCAAAGCCUGCGAGCUCUUCAUCCUCGAACUCACAAUCAGGUCAUGGCUUCACGCCGAGGAGAACAAGCGAAGAACGCUUCAAAAGAAUGACAUCGCCGCGGCGAUUACGAGGACUGAUAUAUUUGAUUUUCUUGUGGACAUUGUGCCGAGAGAUGAGAUCAAGGACGAGGCUGGGAUUGGAGGGAUGGUGGGGUCCACUGCUAGUGGCGUGCCGUACUAUUAUCCUCCGAUGGGGCAGCCGGCGCCGCCGGGUGUCAUGAUCGGAAGGCCGGCGAUGCCGGGGCUGGAUCCUGGGGUUUAUAUGCAGCCGCCGCCGUCGCAGGCGUGGCAGUCCGUGUGGCAGACGGCGGAGGACGGGUCGUAUGGCAGUGGUGGCAGCAGUGCCCAGGGUAACCUCGAUGGACAGGGGUACGUCUCCAUCUCCUCUUCUUCCCUGGUCGUGGACAGAUCUGUUUUAGUUAGGGUUUCAGACAUAAAGUUAGGUCAGUUGAAUCUUAUGUUUCUCAUACCAGCAUGGGGAAUCAACCUUUUUGUACCUUUCUUGUCUCUCUUGGAGGACAGUAAUCGACGCACUAUGAUGUCAGGAACAAAGGGCACUCUGGUCAGUUCAUUGCUGGCACACAUGAAGUUUGUUACUAUCUUGAGAGAAUAUGUUAAUAAUACCAAAGCAGGGAUGCAGAUGCUGACGUUCAUUUUCUGA